AGGCGCACUGCGCUAUAACCGCAGCGCUGGGCUGGUUGGCGAAGUAGCUGCGGUGGUGGGCGGCCUGCUGGACACACCAGGACUACGGCAUUGAAGCUACAAUAGCAACGGCAGCGUCAAAGACUGGGAAGAGUGCGCACUAAGAAAUACAACAUCUGAGAAAGAGGAGCCUUUGCUACACCCUGGGGCAUGGCAGUUAAUGUGUAUUCCACCUCUGUGACCAUUGAGAACCUGAGCCGACAUGAUAUGCUGGCAUGGGUGAAUGACUCGCUGCACCUUAGUUAUACCAAGGUCGAGCAGCUGUGUUCAGGAGCGGCAUACUGCCAGUUCAUGGACAUGCUUUUUCCUGGUUCUGUACACCUGAAGAAAGUCAAAUUCCAAGCCAAACUGGAACAUGAGUACAUACACAACUUCAAAGUGCUGCAGGCAGCUUUCAAGAAAAUGAGCAUUGAUAAAAUAAUUCCAGUAGAAAGAUUAGUGAAAGGGAAGUUCCAGGACAACUUUGAGUUUGUGCAAUGGUUUAAGAAGUUAUUUGACGCAAACUACGACGGGAAGGACUAUGACCCUUUGCAGGCCAGGCAUAGCCAGGAGGUGGUGGCUCCACACAAUCCAGUGCCACAGAGGACAUCCCCAACAGCACCCAAGAUUGCGCCAGCACCUCAGAGGGUGCCCCACACAACGCCCUUCAUGGGCGGCGGCAGAAAGAACACGCCUGUUGUGCGGAAUGGUGCCAGCGAUGCAGAUGCACAGAUCAUAGAGCUCAACCAACAGUUAAUGGAACUGAAAUUGACAGUGGAUGGGCUGGAGAAAGAGAGAGAUUUCUACUUCAGUAAACUACGGGACAUUGAGCUGAUCUGCCAGGAACAUGAAAGUGAAAACAAUCAAGCCGUCUUGAAAAUUAUUGAGAUUCUCUACGCUACAGAGAAUACCACAGUUGAUGGGUAAAUCCCCUAGUGCAGCAGACGUUGCGAUGGCUUUGCACCUCCAGAGGAUGACGACCAGGAUGAAUACUAAACCCAAUUUUUCCCCUCUCUGUCUCUUUCUCCCGCUUCUCCACACCCCGCUUCUCUGUCAUAGAAGUACCCAAGGCUGUUUACUAGCACUACAGUUGAGUUUUUGAGUUGUACAGCCUUUUACCGCACAAUCACAUAACAGCAACAGACUCCUAAACAUUUCAGCAUGGUGUAAAAAAAUAACACAUACAAUAAGAGGUAGGUAAAACAACGAACAAAACUGUAAACACUUAAUGAGAAAAAGAAAACACAAACAUGAAUCUGAAUCUAUUAACAGCCCUUUGCGAUACUGAAUUUUAGCUUAUGUCUUACUGUACAUUGCAACAGGCAUUCCCUCUGCCACAAAUGCUGCAGCUGUUUACACCUUCCUACCACACUCCAACUGACAGACUGUAUAAUAUUCAAGAAAGAUAUUUAAUUUGUAUAUGUUUUUGUUAAUGGCUUUACUUGCAUUUUGCAUAUUGUUUUGACAGUGAUCAUUUGA